CCGCGCGCGCGGUCGCCUCCCCGGCCUACAUUCCCGUACCAUACGAACUCGAAUACAAAUCGAUACACAAUCAAAAUUAAAUCGAGUUUACGUUCAAGUGCUCAGCUAUUUAAAUCUUAUAAAAUCGAUAAUACAAUCUGUGCAAAGAUUGUUCUCAGUGAUUCGUUUUUGUGAAUGUUGUUAUUCUUAAUAAUGUAAUUUAGAGUAUAUAAUAUGGUGAUGCUCUUCUGAUGCAUGAUGAUGGUUCUACUUGUCUUUGAAUACUGAAAACACACAGAAACAGAAUGAAGGGAACAAAGGCCGUUUUUCUCGUUUUAUUGUUUGGCCACCUCUCCGCACUGCCAGAUACAAUAAGAAUAGGGGGUCUUUUCCACCCCGAGGAUGAUAAGCAAGAAGUGGCGUUCCGUUACGCCGUGGAGAGGGUUAACGCCGACCGCGCGGUGUUGCCACGUGCCAAACUACUCGCUCAAGUAGAAACAAUAUCGCCACAAGACAGUUUUCACGCAUCAAAACGAGUAUGCCACUUGCUACGAAGUGGUGUCGCCGCAAUCUUCGGGCCGCAGUCAGCGCCGGCGGCAGCGCACGUCCAAUCCAUCUGUGAUACUAUGGAGCUGCCACAUUUGGAGACUAGAUGGGACUAUCGAACUAGACGCGAGUCCUGUCUAGUCAACUUAUAUCCACAUCCUGCUGCCCUUAGUCGGGCAUACGUCGACCUCGUCCGCGCCUGGGGCUGGAAAUCGUUCACGAUAGUGUACGAAAAUAGCGACGGCUUAGUACGUUUGCAGGAAUUAUUAAAGGCCCAUGGGCCCUCGGAGCUACCCGUCGCCGUCAGACAACUGCCAGACUCGCACGAUUACAGGCCAUUGUUAAAACAAAUAAAGAACUCGGCAGAGUCGCAUAUCGUGCUAGACUGCGCUACUGAGAGGAUUAAGGACGUACUCCAACAAGCGCAGCAGAUCGGGAUGAUGUCGGAUUACCACAGCUAUCUUAUCACUUCUCUGGACCUGCACAGCGUAGACUUAGAAGAGUUUAAAUAUGGAGGCACUAAUAUAACAGCGUUGAGGCUGCUCGAUCCUGAGCGAGCCGAGGUGCAAAGAGUGGUGCGAGACUGGGUAUACGACGAGGCGCGAAAGGGACGGAAGCUGCAACUAGGGCACACUUCGGCUAAGGAAAACAUGACGUUCAUAAAGACGGAGACCGCGUUGAUGUACGACGCGGUACAUCUGUUCGCCAAAGCGCUGCACGACCUUGACACUUCGCAGCAAAUCGAUGUCCGCCCUUUGUCGUGCGAAGCGGAGGACACGUGGCCCCAUGGGUACAGCCUCAUCAACUAUAUGAAAAUUGUUGAAAUGAAAGGCUUAACUGGAGUUAUAAAGUUCGACCAUCAAGGCUUCCGAAGCGACUUCACCCUCGAUAUAAUCGAACUGACGAGGGAGGGCCUGCAGAAGGCCGGCACUUGGAACUCCUCAGAGGGUGUCAAUUACACGAGAUCUUACGGCGACAAUCAGAAGCAGAUAGUGGAGAUACUUCAAAACAAGACCCUUGUUGUUACUACAAUUUUGAGCGCGCCGUACUGCAUGCGGAGAGAAGCGAGCGAGAAACUGACUGGCAAUGCGCAGUUCGAAGGCUAUGCCAUUGAUCUCAUCCACGAGAUAUCCAAGGUUCUUGGCUUCAAUUACACUUUCAAGCUCGCGCCUGACGGUCGAUAUGGCUCCCACAAUAGAGAAACUAAAGAAUGGGAUGGAAUGAUCAGAGAGCUCCUCGAGCAACGGGCAGAUGUGGCUAUCGCAGAUUUAACCAUUACGUACGACAGGGAACAAGUUGUAGACUUCACAAUGCCCUUUAUGAAUCUGGGAAUAUCGGUGCUUUAUCGAAAACCUAUAAAGCAGCCUCCAAAUUUAUUUUCGUUCCUGUCUCCGCUAUCCCUCGACGUAUGGAUUUAUAUGGCGACAGCGUAUUUGGGUGUUUCAGUUCUUCUGUUCAUACUAGCCAGGUUCAGCCCGUACGAGUGGGACAAUCCCCGGAACUGCCUUGACGAGCCGCCGGUGCUGGAGAACCAGUUCACACUGUUGAACUCGCUGUGGUUCACUAUCGGGUCCUUGAUGCAGCAAGGUUCGGAUAUCGCACCGAAAGCUGUAUCAACCCGGAUGGUGGCGGGGAUGUGGUGGUUUUUCACCCUGAUCAUGAUAUCCUCUUACACGGCUAACUUGGCCGCAUUCCUCACUGUGGAGAGAAUGGAUUCGCCAAUAGAAAGCGCUGAAGAUUUGGCUAAGCAAACUAAAAUAAAGUAUGGCGCUUUGAAAGGAGGUUCUACAGCUGCGUUCUUUAGGGAUUCUAACUUCUCAACUUACCAACGAAUGUGGUCGUUCAUGGAGUCAGCUCGGCCCACUGUCUUCACCAGCAGCAACAAGGAGGGAGAGGAGAGGGUUAUGCGGGGUAAGGGGGGUUACGCCUACCUCAUGGAGUCUACCACCAUCGAGUAUGUUGUCGAAAGGAACUGCGAUCUCACGCAAGUUGGCGGGAUGUUGGACUCUAAGGGAUAUGGAAUUGCUAUGCCGCCAAAUUCACCAUACCGUACCGCCAUUAGCGGGGCAGUUUUGAAAUUGCAAGAGGAGGGAAAAUUGCAUAUAUUAAAAACAAAAUGGUGGAAAGAGAAACGUGGCGGUGGAUCUUGUAGAGAUGAAACAUCAAAAUCAUCAUCUACCGCAAACGAGUUGGGCCUCGCGAACGUGGGCGGCGUGUUCGUCGUGCUGAUGGGCGGCAUGGGCGUUGCGUGCGUCAUCGCCGUCUGCGAGUUCGUGUGGAAAUCGCGCAAGGUGGCAGUGGAUGAGCGGAAGGAAGAGGCUUCGCUUUGUUCGGAAAUGGCAUCUGAGCUUCGGUCUGCUUUGAAGUGUCCGAGUGGCGGCGGCAGUGGGGGGGCGGGCGGCGCGAGGGAGGGGGCCGACUCCCCCUACUUGCACUACGGGUUCAGUACAAAGAGCCAGCUGCACUAGCGCCCAAAUCCGGCCUCCUCGCCUCCGAGCGAUGUGUAGGCUCCACAGACUGUACACAACCCCAUUCAAAGGUCAACCCUUACAAGUGCAAUGUGAUCUCGUAACUGUCAAAGCACGCGCGCAACGACACGACCGAUCGGGUCAAUGUCGUAUCGUACCCGUAGCAUGUAAAUAAACCAUAUCGUAUAACGGUUUAAGGUACAAUACAAUAAUGUUGUUGUGAAAUUUUACGUGUUUGAAAAAUGUGUUCUAGAGAUUUAUUUCUUAGUGAUAACGAUGCCAAAUUUAUUUAUUCGCACCAAAAGCGGUGCGUGUGUAUUUGUAAAUACUGUCGCAUUUUUAAUUGUCUUUUUACCUAUAAGUAGUAAAUUUGAUAACUGUAUUGAUUACAUCUCGAAUUGUAAAUAGCUCAUUCCUGUAGUGCCAGGAGCAUUUUGAUGUUUUCGACUUACUGAUUGAAUAUGAUACAAUAAACUCUUCGAUUUAAUGUCGAUUUUUAAUAUUUGGAAAGAAAUAAUGUAGCGCUAAGAAGUACCUAUAUGUUUAUUGAUAAGAUUUAAUUCAGAGAGACCACAUUGAGUAAUUUUAAUUUUUUGUUACAUUUUAACUUACACUGCCCUUACCCUGCCAAUAUCAAAUUGCUAAUAACAUGGUUGUGCAAAAUAAAUCUCCUCAAUUUACGUACCAGUCGCAACGUAUCACUAUUUUAACUAAAAAAUCCAAUAGAAAAUAGUCUUUUAACAAAAUUGUAGUUAAUGAGAACAUAAAAUGUGGUCUGUGUGAAUUAAAAUAAAUUAGGAUAGAAACAGAUCUAAUUCAAAUUGACCACAAUAUUAAAUUUAAUGCCAUAAUCUUAAUAUUAUACACGACAUGAAUAAUUAAAUAAGUACGUCUACUAUAUGUGAUUUUUAAGGGCUCCUACACGCUAGCGUUUCUACAGCGUAAGGUUUUGUUUAGAUAGGUAUAUUACGUCUCGAAAUACAAUAUUCAAUUAUGUUGAUAACUAAUUGAUGAAAUAACAUAAAGUAACUAUUAAUCAGCAGUGUGUCUAACACUAAUUCAUAGCCAGUGUUUCUAGUAAUUUGCCAAACUUCCUAAUCUACAAACCUACUGUCCAAGUUAGUCUAAUGUAUGUGCUCCUUGACUCGGGUCAAUCGGGUAGUAUUUAAUUUUGGAUGUCAUUCAGUUUACACGAGGCACAUCAAGAUCACCUAGUAAAAUCUUAAAGUUCUGUGCCAACCUACGAGUAUAUUAAUUUUUCGGGCAAGACCAACUCGAUAUCGUAUCGUAUCAGAGCGGGAUAUUGUGACUGCAUAAAAUCGUAACUGCGUUACAUAUGCGUUACGAUACGCGUCAGUCACACGUAAGGUGGCCAAGUCAUUAUACCUAAUAACCGGACCGACAGCCAAUUGAGCCGAACAUUCAAGUAAAAAGGCCUUGCACUGAACAUUAUUGAGGAUUUUUUUGCUCAGUAAUUAAUAGGUACGACAGAGAAAUUAAUUGUAAAAUCAAGAUUUUUUGAUGAUUACCAUAAAUAUUGUUAAAUUCUUCUAAAAAGCGUAAUAAAAGCUGGACAAAAGAUCAUUUUGGCCGGACACGUGAUCUAAGAGCCUAACUACAUAGUUGGACUUUAUCCGGAAGCAACGCUAGCCACAUAGAUACGGUGAUCGGAUUUAUCAAAUAAUACGUGUGGACCUAGCUUUAGGCACCGUCGCUAUACGCGCUGCGUUAUUUAUUACCUGAUCGUUGCCACAGGGCUUUCUGUUUAAACGCUGAAGAAACGUUAGUGUAUAGAGAGCCUUAAAAAUACGAGAUAAUUGUGGUUUUAGUGCCAAAAGGCGAAUUCUCUUGAUAACUUAUGACAUUGAGAUUGCUGAGCUAUAUUUAUGCUAGAUUUUUUAUCAAUUGGAAUUUUUUUAAUAGUAAUUUAUCAAAAUGAUCGAAGGUUAAGUCCUACCUUCGAUCAUUUUGAUAAAUUACUAUUAAAAAAAUUCAUAAAAUAAGGGUUAUCCUCUCCAUUAUCAUACUUUCAAUUUUGUUCAGCCAGAAAACUGUCUAGACAUUAUACAUAUGAGGCUAUCAGUGUGCCAAGUGGGAGUUUUCAAUACUUUCAUACUGUUACUAUCGCGUUGACGUAAACGCGAAUUUAUAUGGAAUUGAAACAUUGUGCAGUAGAGCUACUAGAUGGCGCUGUUUCAACUCCUUAGAAAUUCGCGUUUACGUUAACGCGAUAGUAACAGUAUCAAACUGCCACUAGGUCCUCAGUACUUUGGGGUUAAAAUAAUGAACUUCAGUAUUUUGAAAUGAUUAUAAAAUAAAUAAAUUAGUACAAAUUAAUAAAUUCAAUAAUAUGUAUAAAGUCAUGUGAUUUCAAUGUCAUAGGGUAAAAGUUUGAGGUUUUGUAAUAGUCGAUAUUAGAUAACGGUAAGCCAAAAGCAAUCGAUGACGUUAGCUCAAAAAAAAUGUGCCAAUCCGAUUAUCCUCUUUAAAAUAUUUUGUAAGUUUACAUAAUAAAGGUGAUUAUAUAAAAACUAUUAAA